UGCAGACGACGCGUUGCUACUGGUCGAGGACGGGGGCACAGCCCUGGCAGCGGCUUCCGGACGGCGCGAUGAGUGGACGGUAACUUCCAAGCCUGCAGACAAGACUAGAAGAUGAAGGACGAUUGUCCACCCAGUUCUCAUGUGCCCAUUAGUGACAGCAAGUACAUUCUGAGGUCAGAGCUCUUAAGCCUGCUGAAAACCUACAACUGCUACCAUGAGGGCAGAAGCUUCCAAUUGAGACACCGAGAGGAGGAAGGGGCUUUGAUUAUCGAGGGCCUCCUCAACAUCUCCUGGGGACUGAGGCGGCCAAUCCGGCUCCAGAUACAGGACGACAGGGAGAGAGUGCACAUCUCAGCUUCCUGGACACCUGGACGGCCCGGCUGCCACCUGAAAGAGCCACCUCUUCCAGAUGGCAGAGCCAGCGCCCAGGAGCCAGGUGCUCAGCCAGGGCACAAGACCGAGGAUUCCAGAGAUAGCUCGGAGCCCCUGGAGGAGGAAGAGGAGGCCCCGCAGCUGAUGCGGACCAAAAGCGACGCCGGCUGUGUGAUCCAGAGGCGGCCCAAGUGCCGAGCCCCCGGCGAGGCCCAGAGGAUCCGACGACACCGGUUCUCCAUCAAUGGACACUUUUACAACCAUAAGACCUCAGUGUUCACUCCUGCCUAUGGGUCCGUGACCAAUGUGAGAGUCAACAGCACCAUGACAACCCUGCAAGUGCUCACCCUGCUGCUGAACAAGUUCCGAGUGGAAAAUGGUCCCAGUGAGUUCGCACUCUACAUUGUUCACGAAUCUGGGGAGAGGACAAAAUUAAAAGACUCUGAGUACCCACUGAUUUCCAGGAUCCUGCACGGGCCUUGUGAGAAGAUCGCCAGGAUUUUCCUCAUGGAAGCUGACUUAGGCGAGGAAGUUCCCCACGAUGUCGCUCAGUACAUUAAGUUUGAAAUGCCGGUGCUGGACAGUUUUGUUGAAAAAUUAAAAGAAGAGGAGGAAAGAGAAAUUAUCAAACUGACCAAGAAGUUCCAAGCCCUGCGUCUGACAAUGCUGCAACGCCUGGAGCAACUUGUGGAAGCCAAGUAGCCAGCCAGCUAUAGGUCUCCUCCUAGGCCCUUAGCAGCGAGUGCAACCAAGUGCCAUGGGCAAACCUGACUGAUCAUACUGAUUGAUAGCCACCAGUUGAGCAAUCCAGAGCCUGUGCUUCUACCUGUCUACCUGCCUCAGUACUGUUGGUCCCAUGUGUCUGGCUCUUGGCUGCAAGAUGAGUGCUCACCGGAUCAAGCCCCACACCUGAGGAGCCAGGACCUUGCUAGGUGCGGUCUGCAUGCAUGGUUGGCCAGGACAGUGAGCAGCCAUAAAGCUAUGGCACCAACUAUCUCAUGUAGCUGGAUGGUGUGACCAGUCCUGUUUAAGUCACACUUCUCCUGCCCGGGAGAGCACUACCUGGUGGAAGCCCUGUGGCCUGGGCCUCAUCUGCUUCCCCAGUGGCUGGCCCAGGGCAUUUCCACCAGCCUGUCUUCAUUGCCCACGUGAAGUCCCCGUCUGCCCUCAGGAGCACUGCUGAGAAAAGCAGGAGAUGCCAGCGGCUGUAUGACAUGCCCUGCUCCCAGCCAUCGCUUCACCACAGCAGCUCCGCCUUCCAUGCCUACAGUGUCCCCCUGUGAGCCUCACACAGCGGUGCCUGGCUGGCUGAGGUCAAACCAGGAUUAAACCACAAACAUUCCAUCCCCUCUGUCAGUACCCACUCUUAAAUUCCAGUGAGACCUGAAGGGAAUGAUUAUGAGGUAUUCACUGCAAGAAACACCUUAUUUGAUCAUGCAGAGGAGGCAGCCCACAUGGCACUGGAACAAUGUCACUCAGUGUGGGUGAGAUUCCAGGGCUGCACAAGAGCCGCCAGGCAGGGACUCGGGAAGGCAGUGGCCCCCAUCACCACUGUCCUAUGGAUGCCUCUUGCUCUCUCUGACCUUGCGUUCCUCCCUGCUCAGUACUUCCCACCAAAGGGGCCAUGAUACAGAGAAAUGACUGUUGGAGUAGAAUGGGCUUUGAAUUCCCUGGGGCCAGAUAUUGAACAGUUUGGGUUUGUCAACUGGUGGGAGAAUUCCUGGAAUGAAUGAGAAGUUACUUGCAAAACUAUGCAACAGUUUACAUCGGUCAUAUGAAAUGUUUGUCCAAAACAGAACAAACUGAAGACCAAACUUUUCUCCCACUGGAGUCUCUGGAUAACAGAUUUUUAAAGGAAGAACCAUAAAGGCUUCCAAAGAUAGGAGAGGUCCCAUCUCUGCUUCAUGCCAUGGCUCCUCACCAGCACCUGGGAAGAGCAGAGCUUGGGAGCAGCCAGACCAGGCCGUGUGAAGCCGCUGUUCAGAGAGAGCUUCACACCAGUAUUUUUCUGGCUCCAUGGUCACAGAGACAUGCAGAGAGAAGCCAUGGGGAGGCCUGGACCAGUCUCUAUUGUCUCUGUCUUCCUGUAGCUACAUAGUUUCUUUAGGUCCUCAAUAAAGUUGCUCUGUACUGAACCCAAAGGCUUAGGACCAAGCUUUAUU